AUGUCCGCAGCUAAUGUGGGCUUCAUCCCUAAAAAAUCCGCAAAGAAUCAGCACAGCAGGAAGAGCUUGACAUCUGCAACUUUGGGUGUUGGGGAGAAAAUUCACAUUGACAUUGGACAGGACAAGGUGUGGGCGACCAGCAGGUUGCUGAGGUCGAGGUUGGCUGUGUCGGUUCAGUUCACAGAGGAGCCAAGCCUCUGGGCUUUCUGGACCCUGGAAGUCUCUGGCCAUCGAACAUGUUACAGGAACCUGCAAAGCAUGGAGAUUAGCUGCUUGGAUGGCCAGUGGUGCCACUGGCCCCCAGGGUUAGCACCUGUUCGCUAUUGCCACAUUGACAAGAACGAGUUGUUUGAGCCUGGCAACACGGUCCCAAGCGCAUUGAACUUGGAAUCUAUCUCUCGAUUGCGGGGAGGGGCCAUUGACAUGGAUGGUUCGGUUUGGGUCCGUGCUGGGCUCGAAGGGUAUUUGGAAGGAAAGUGGAAGAUUUGGAGAUUGCGGACCACACUUGAGUGGUUCGACGAACAGUCCGGGGCUGUAGCCCUGGUAGACGACAAGGGCAGGAUGAAGCUCAUUAGAUUCAAGGGAACUUGGAGCAGUCAUGGCAAGGACGGCUUUGGUACAUUUGAGCUCAAUCGACCGCAGAUCUUGGGGAGCAUGGGUCCCCGCUUCCGCAAGCGGCCCGUCCAGCUUGUAAAGCUGGAAUUCUCGGGAGCUCAGGAUACCGCAGCCCAACUGCUGACAACUGCACACUGCGUACUUACCUGGAAGCCAACCUCGAGCGAGGUGAGAACUGAACAAGUGACGCUUUCGCAAAUGGUUGAGAGGAUCUCCACUCGCUGGCGCCAAGUCUUUGCCGGCGAGUCUUACGGUGACAAGGCGAAUGUGAUUACCUUGGCGGAUCCUGUUGAUGAAUGGCGCCGGGGAGAGGGUGAGCUGCUUCACCAUGAGGAGCUGGACUUGAGCGGCAGCCCUCUUAAGUUGGAGGACAUUGUUGCAAGCGAGAAGGUACAAGUCCUGAGGGUCAAGCUUACAACACACGCCCGCACGAUCAAGUUCCGGGAUAAGACUUUUGCUGAAAAGGUCAAUUUUUGUUGUUCAAGCUAUGAUGCUGCUGCUCGGGAUGCCGGACACUCUGAUGAUGCGGUUCCUCUGAUCUCACCCUGCGAGAUUUACCACAGGCUGUGGCCGCAGAAGAAGGAUGUCGAGCCAGCUGCAGGUCCGCCAGCCACAGGCAUGAAAGAGCCUGCCAAAAGCUCAAGCAGCGGACCACAAGCGGAUCUUUGCGGUGCGCGCCACGACCACCAGGUUGACAUAGCCUUGCUAGGUGGUGCUCCAUGUGAGGGAGAGGAUGUCAAUCCAGGUGCUUGCCCAAGAGUCUCCGGCAACGGGCGGCGUCCAAAGAAGAAGGCCAAAAGGAAGGUCAAGAAGAAUCGGAACAUGCAGCUUGAUGACGAGGAAGCUUCCAAAGACGAAAGCCAAGAGCAAGGUCAAGAAGAGCCGGAUGCGAGCCGCUGA